AUGUCGCGCCAUAACAGCGUGGAUCUAGACUCGCCGGAUCGGCCUUUCGACAACAUCAUCAAUUUCCGCGAUGUCGGCCGGUCGGUUAAUCAAUUCUGUAACAAAGAGAUCUUGAAAGAAGGCGUGUUUUUCCGCAGUGCGAGGCUCGACGAUGCCUCAGAACGAGAUAAACGCCGUCUAGCAGAAGAACUACACAUUCACACCGUCAUCGAUCUCCGUUCCCAAACCGAACACCGAAUGGGCACGCGGAAACGGCGAAGCGAAAAUGCCAAAGCAAAUCCAUCACAGAAAUCACCAUCACCGACAGGCUCACUCCCCUCAAACCCAGCCGAGCACCUGCUCGAAAUCCCCGGCUCAAAACGAGCUCUAAUAAGCCUAACCGGCAAAGGCUUCGAACGCGCCUUAAUAUCGAAACUAGACUGGCCAACAUAUCUCAAAACAAUCGGCCUGAUAACAACAGGCUACCGCAGCGAAGCAGUCCGUCUAGUAUGCGGGACAGUAAUGCAACCGCGCGGACUAACCGGUCUAGCCCAAGACACGCUUGAUUCCAGCAUGAGCGAGAUCCGCGCCGUGUUCCAGCUCCUGGCUUGCGAGGAGACCUACCCAACGAUCGUGCACUGCACGCAGGGAAAGGACCGGACGGGCCUGGUUGUGUUGCUUGUGUUGCUGCUUGUUGGGAAUGUGGUGCCGGUGGAGGCGAUUGUUGAAGACUACAGUCGCUCGGAGAUGGAGCUUGUGUCGGAGUUUGAGGAAAGGAUGGAGGAGAUUAGGGCGCUGGGGCUUGGGGAGGACUAUACGCGUUGUCCGCCUGGCUUUGUGCGUGAUACGACUGAGUACCUUGAGACUAGGUAUGGGGGUGUUAAAGGGUACUUGGAGAGUGUUGGGGUUGGGUUUGAGAUGCAGGAGAGAAUUAGGGCGAAGUUUUUGGUUUGA